CACAGACUUCCAUUUCCAUACAGGAAAAGCUGGACUCGCUCGCGUUUGGAGGAAAAAAAAAACACGUUUGAGUGUUUUUCCCGCGAAACCAAACACAGUCUUAUUUAUUUACUUUAUGAACAGAUGCAUUUCAAAUUUCGAUUUUCACGUCACGCUUAAACCUAACCCUCAUAUCUCCCUCCAAAAUUCCCCUUUCGCGGAACUCCGACACCACCAAUCCAUCGGAACAACCAUGGCGUCAACUUCACACGGCGGCACUUCUGGUCGUAUAAAGAACUUAACUUCCACCUUCGGCUCCGAUAUUCAACCACUCGUUGCGGAAAUCCGAACAACAGUGGGUGUGAUGAAGGAUAUUGCAGUUCAAUUGGAAAAAGACAAUCUUCCAGACAAGGUGAAGGAGACGGAAGAUGCUGUUGUUGAGUUAGUUGGCUUAUCUGAACACAGUGUGCAUUUUUCAUCUGCUGUUCAAGCUUUUGGUAAUAGAUACAAGCCUGGAGAACAGUUGACUGAUUUUCAUAAGGUGUUGGAAGAUGAAGUUUUGCAGUUUAGGGCCAAUCGAAAUUCAGAUGUUCAAAGAAAUCCUUUAGUGCGCCAAUUUAAGGAAGCUGUAUGGAAAGUGCAUCACAGCGGACAGCCAAUGCCUGGUGAAGAGGAGGAAGACAUUGUAAUGACUAGUACCCAAACUAAUAUUUUGAAUUUUAGUUGUCCAGUGAGUGGAAAGCCUAUUACUGAGCUUGAAGAACCAGUUCGCAGCAUGCAAUGUAGGCACAUUUAUGAAAAGAAAGCGAUAGUGCAAUAUAUCAAGUCAAUGAAUAACCGUUCUCAAUGCCCAAUACCGGGUUGUCCAAAAGCGGUGGAUGUAAAUGUGCUGGUACAGGAUCCGUCGUUGGCUGUGGAUAUUGAUGAAUUGCGAAGAACGAGCAACAAAGAAACUAAUGUAGAAGAUUUCACCAUGCUUGAUGAAGAUUAAUGAUUGAUAAAUCCAACUGGUGAUAAGGUUUAGUCUGUACAUUUUGAUAGUUUUGGACUUCAACUUGAUGACUUGUGUUUAUGUUUUAUGGCAAGUGUUUGUUGAAGUCGUUUCAACUUGCAAAUUCGCAUCAUAGACGAAAUGUUAGUAAGCUAGUGGUUAUGUUAUUGAAUGAAUCUCUGCUUUGAA